CGCGAAACCCAUCGAUGUCCGGUUUCGUCUGCUCUCGCGCGACCGCGCACACCGCAGCGUGUAGCCUCGCCAGCAGGGCCUCCGCGGAGGAAGGCCGCGGCAGGCCGCGGCGCGUGCACCCGCGCAGACGCGACGUGAUGCGCGGUUCCGUCUCGCAGGUGGCGGCUGGGACCAUCAAGGACGACGAUAAAGUCCCGGACCCCGACUCGCGCGCCGCGUCCACCCGCCGCGACUUCCUCGCCGCGCAGGUCGUCGCCGCGGUGACCGCCACGCAGGCGCUCGUCCCUCACGACGCGUGGGCCGCCGUCGAACGCGGCCUGGACCUCCCCGACGACUACUUCAAAAAGGCGCGAGACGCGGUCAAGACGCUGGUGGCGAGUUUAGAGUUUGAAGCCACGAACCCGUCGGACGCCGACAGGUUCCGCAAAGCCGAGCCCGCGAAGGAGGCGGUGAAGGCGUUCAUCAAAGACUGGGCGAGCGCCCCCGCGGCGCAGGGCGAGCGCGCGCACGACGACAUCGUGCUCGCCGUUCGAGAGCUCGGCGAGUUUUACAAGGAAAACGGUUCGAGGUCGCGGCUGUCUCCCGAGGCGAGGGAGAGCAUUUUGGCGAAGCUGUACGACGCGAGGGAGGCGCUGCCGCCCGCGCCCCCCUCGCUCGCGGACAGGCUGCUGGGGUUGUAGGGUUACGAGUAGUAUGAAUCGACCGCGCGUGUUCGAUGCAUUAAGUGUUAACGUAGUUAAGUUAACACUUAGGCGUCGUUUCGUCGAGAGAGUCCCUCAAUCAAGCCUCUGUUCGCGCGC